AUGGAGGCUAUGGUGAUGCAAAUGACCAUGUGCGGUGGCAGGGUGUCAACGCUCUUGACUCCUACAGGAGGAGGGUGUGGGUUUCGAGCAGGUUAUCGCCGUCUCGCGUGCAUAGAUGAUUUUGACCGCUUCCUCUUCCCUGCGUUUGGUUCCGAACUAAAUGCCUAUGGAUCAGGCAAUAACCACCGUCCCAAGUUGAGAUAUGGAAUCCAGUCAAGCUGGCUAUCUGCCAAAGUCAUCAUGAUGGCUAUUUACUACUUUAAACGUAUGUUUAGUGACUACUCAGAAUUGCUUGACUGCCCACGCACCGCCAGGGGUAACGGACAGCUAUGGCUAAUAUCCGAAGUUGAGCCUUCUAAUGAGUGCGGUCUACAUAGAGCUUUGACUGCUUUCUGUCUGAAAGGCAAACUCGGCAACUGGCCGGGGGAAAAAGAGUCAUACUGGGCAACCAACUUCACAGGGAUGAUUCCAAGCAGCCACUGCGAUUGGAUAAGACCACUGCCUCGUGGGGCUGUUUUCAAACGGCGACCCACUCUUGACAGGCUUCCAAGCCUUCGAUUGCGGUUUCCUUUCGCCCAGGAUCUUGCACCCGAGAACUCCUUGCUACGAUCACACAGGCUGAUGAUGCAGUAUGAAGCGACCCUUGCUACCCCUUAUGCUUAUGUUUUACUGCACUAG